UCGCAAACUGUAUUUUGCUUCACCGUCACACAGCAUGAAGCCUUGGGUUUGGGCGGCGCUCGCUGCCUUAGUGUUUCUCCUGCACCGACGCGUUCUCAAGCCCCGACGCGAAGUCGCAGCACGUCGCUCGUACUUUCGUGGCAAGGUCGUGUGGCUGACUGGCGCGUCGUCAGGCAUUGGCGAAGCGCUGGCCAUGGAGCUGUACAAGUGCGGCGCGACGUUAAUCCUCAGCUCGCGACGCACCGCCGAGCUCGAGCGCGUCCGCCAGCAGUGCAUUGCUCAGCGGUUGCCUGCAGGCAUUCCGACACCGCCCGAGCCCCGGAUUGUCGCGUUGGACUUGGCUGCUACGCCGGACGCGAUCGCAAGCGCCACUCGCAUCGUUCUCGCGCAGUACAGCGGCGUCGUGGAUGUGCUGAUCAACAACUCUGGUAUCAGCACUCGGGCAUCUGUGCUCGAGUCUCAGAAUGAGAUGGAGGCGCGUGUCAUGCAGGUCAACUUUUUCGGCGCCGCGCAAAUCACCAAGCUCGUUCUGCCAGGAAUGCUGGCCCGCGGCACUGGCCAUAUCGGUGUCGUGAGCAGCGUCCAAGGCAAGCUUGGCAUUGGCUUCCGUUCCGCGUACGCCGCGUCCAAGCACGCCGUGCACGGAUACUUUGAUUCGUUGCGAGCGGAGGUUGCCGGCCGCGGCCUCCGUGUCACUCUGUGCUGCCCUGGCUACGUGCAAACAAACCUGUCGCUGAAUGCCCUCACCGGAGAUGGCUCUGCACAUGGCCAGAUGGACGAAACCACUGCCAAGGGCUACAAGCCCUCGUUUGUGGCCGAGAAGAUGCUCUCGUCGAUGGCCCUCAACCGCACUGAACUGGUGCUGGCUCCGCUCGAUGCUCGUCUGGCCAUCCUGCUGCGGUACCUUCUUCCCGAUCUACUGGCUCGUCUGAUGGCGAAGCGCGCCGAGAAGCAGCGACGAUUGGAGCAAGCUCCGGCUGGGUCACGGUGACCGACACCAGUUCCAACGAGGUUGAAAUGAUGGAUUCCGUUUUGCAACAGACGGUGGUGUUGUUCAUUUGAUUUUGUACAGUGCCUUGUGCGACCUUGCCGUCUGUCUUGGCGUUUAUUUCUUUUGGUUGUAAAAUCGCUGAAAUGCACAUUUCGCCAAACCAUAAGGUCAAGCACCAUGCUUUGACGCGGGGGUGGGACGGUGUUGGGCUUCA